AUGUAAAGACAUGCUCAGAAUAACUAUGAGAAUGACAAAUAUUGCUACAUAUUAGAUGAUGAUAUAUAGUUAGAAGCUUUAGCUGGAGAAAUAAUGAGUAAACAUAAAGGCAGAAAAGAUACUGGCUACACUAUCUAUAGUAGAUUAUUUUUUCCAACUGCCUUUGAGUUAAGGAGCAAAAACAAAGUUAUAUAGCUAACAUAUCUCAAUAAUUACUCCAAUAACAUAAGAAUACAUACCAUCAGACUGCUAUUCAACCAAAUAAAAAUUUGCUUCCAUUAGAUUUGUCUUGAGCUAUUGGAUGAAAUUCCUAAAAUAAUUUUUGCUUAUCUUAUCAUCUGA